AUGCUGCAGAUGUCACUAUCGCUGCUGCUGUUUCUGGCGCUUUUUGCCAGCUUGGAAACAGCACCACCUUCCCCAUCUUCAUCUGGAGUUAAGCAGGAGCAAUAUGUGCGGGUAUAUGAAAUCAAUGAAGACCAGUACCAGCGGGUCUUGCAGCUGACCAAUGGCAAGAAUGUUAUAUCUGAGGCCCGGCUGAUCAACGGAGGCUUUGCCACCGUGAGUGAUACCUUGAGUUCCGGAUGGAACUCUCUCCUGCGGAUCGUGGGCCUCACCACCCUCAGCAAGCCCGACGAGGCCGAGAAAGUGGAGUUCGAUGGUCAGCCCCUGUGUGUGAUCAAAUCCCGAGAGGGAGAGGGCAGGGAUGAGGAUGCGACCUCCGCUAGAAGCUCGGCCAGGGACAUCGAAGACGACGAAGAAGAUUCUGCCAUCCACUGCAUAGUGGUGCUCAAGAAGGAUGGCGAGCUUGAGCUCCCCACCCAGGAUCCUUACCCAAAUUACGCCCACUAUUGGAACAAAGCUGAGACGUCUAACCCAGCAGAGGAAUCCCCUCUUCUCAAGCAGUCCUUGGAAGUUAGUAAGGAGAAAGAGGCAGUGGAGACCAGGACACCAGCUCCAUUAAAAAAAAAGAAGGUCAACAAAAGCACCUAUCCAAGGGCGGGCACUUUGAGGGACGACUCUGAUGGUUUCCGGCAAUAUGGUUACCCUCCACUGCCGCCCCAAUAUGGAACUCCCUAUCCGCCACCUCCCUCCUAUGGCGGCUAUCCCUACAGUCCCUAUCCAAGUCCUCUGCCAUAUGGACCCCAACUUCCGUAUGGACCAUCCCCAUAUGGACAAGCUCCGUAUGGACCCCAACAACCCUAUGGACCCCAGCCCCCCAUUGGUCCCUACAGUCCGCAGCCCUAUGGACCCUAUGGAUAUCCCUACUUGGAUCAGAACCUGUUGGCUCAAGUCAAUGCCAUUGAGGAAUUAGAGAAACUCGAGGCCGAAGAUGACCUGGAGGAAGAUGAAGGCUCCUACGAGACUGAAGAUGAAGAUGACUAUCGCUAUAAGAACCGUUUAUACCCCUACAAUCCUGUGUACCUCCAAAAAUCUUAUCAUAACUAA